AGAAAAGUCAGGCUGUCAAAUUGACACGAAGUCAACAAAACAAGUUUUCACAAUUUCCACCGAAAAGAUGCAGUUUCGCGUGAAUGGUGAGAGUGAUCCUGGAGAUGGAGAUCCCGGCAGUAUCCUGCCCGCCGGCGGAACCAACUUCUACCAGCAGAACACCAGCGACGACAGUGACAACGAGCAGGAGAUGUACGAGGGCUACGAGCCCCUCAACGGCGACGCCCCCAAUAUCGAGGUCUGGGACAAUCUGGCAGACUCUGAAGACAUCCCCAUGGCCGACAGCACCCCCCCAGCUGACGUUCCUGCCAUCGAGACGGUGGAUUCGGAGGUGCAGCGAGAGAUCUGGAACGCUCCACGUCCGGACGACUUGACAAUCGACCUCGACGGAGACAAAGAGCGCCAGAUAAUGAAUGUCAUGGCGGGAUUCUCGCUCCCGGCCACGGCCAUUCCCGCCUGGGCGCAGGGAGUGUCCGAGAAGGACUGGAAGGACGAUCUGCUGAAGCGGAUACGCGACAGGAAAACUCAGUGA